GGCGGAAGCGACCAGUGAGUCAGUCAGUGCCGGGGGAUGAGGUGAGGGAGAGGCACCGAGAGUACGACCGACUGUACCGCCCGCAGCCGCCGCUCAUACGGCUCCGACCCCCUGACAUCCAGCGACCCCACCGCUCCCAAUACACUCGCAGCCAUGAUGGAGGAGAUAGACCGAUUCCAGGUGCCCACAGUCCGCUCUGAGAUGCAGCCCCUGGACCCCGCGGCCGCUGCCAUAUCUGACCCCGACUGUGAAACCAGAGAGGGGGAGACCGUGGCCAUGAACUACAAACCUUCUCCUCUCCAAGUCAAGUUGGAGAAGCAGCGGGACAUCGCAAGGAAGGGAUCCCUAAAGAAUGGAAACGUGGGGAGCCCAGUGAACCAGCAGCCUAAAAAGAACAACGUCAUGGCACGGACCAGACUGGUGGUCCCUAAUAAAGGCUAUUCCUCCCUCGAUCAGAGUCCCGAUGAGAAGCCGCUUGUUGCUUUGGACACAGACAGUGACGAUGACUUUGAUAUGUCCAGAUAUUCGUCCUCAGGUUACUCCUCCGCUGAGCAGAUCAACCAGGACCUGAACAUCCAGCUGCUGAAGGACGGCUAUCGAUUAGAUGAGAUUCCUGACGAUGAAGAUCUCGACCUGAUCCCCCCAAAGUCUGUGAACCCCACAUGCAUGUGCUGCCAAGCCACCUCCUCCACUGCCUGCCAGAUCCAGUAAUGAGGGGCCCCUGAUUCUGCUUCCCACCAUAACUCUAAUACCCAACAGCCAUUGCUUCCUCCUAUGGUAGGACAUGCACCUGUUUGUUUCUCAGAGCCAGAGAAACCCAAAACCCAUUUGCUGCGUCACUCACACAUUGGGGCUGCUGGGAUGGGACUACAGGCAUCAUCAUGGGGUCAUUUGGGGGUAAGUAAGACUGGGGGUACAGGGAGAGGAUGGAAUGCAGCUCCUGGGGGGUGGAUCCUUGGGGGAGGGGCUUGUGUCCCACUGUCUGAGUGGCACAUUUCUUCCCGAGGGGCAUUAGCAGUAAUAGACCAUGGAGAAGGGGAUCAUGUCUGGAGCAUAUUCAGUAGCCUGGCUCCGCCUCCUUCCCUUAACCCUGCCCCUCCAUUCAUAGUGCAGUUUGCCAAGCAGUGUCCCACAGGCAGGCAGGCAUAACUAGUUACCCAAGUGCCAUGCUGUGUCCAGACAUAACUAGUUAGUCAUGUUUGGUGCUAUGGCCAGACAUAACUAGUUACCCAAGCACUGUGAUAUAGCAAACAGUACUAGUUAUCUAAGCAUGGUAUGAGCAGAUAUUACUAGUUAGCAAAGUGUUGCGGUCAGACAUAACUAGCUAGUCAAGCACAAAGCCCUAGCUAUACUUAACAAGUACAGCCGGACUUAACUAGUAAGGCCAGACAUAUCACACUAUCCUGCUGUCAUUCGUAUGUAUAUAAGUGAGGGGAUCUGUAGAAUUGGUAAGGACUCCCAUUAGCCACUGGCAUCCAGUCAUGCGUGAAGAAGGCCAGUAACUUGUAGCCCAUUAUACUCAUUUAGUUGCCUUGUAAUCUGCUUUUCUGGCUAGAAACAUCGGGGGGGGGGACAGCAGUGGCUUGUGGGUAGGAACUAAUAAGGUGCUGUCCAACAAAGUGAAUCAGGGGGACCUACCCCAGGUUCUGUUCCAUUUCCUGGUGUCAAGUGGAGCCCCGUCCCCUUACUCCUUAGGCACAGACUCGGCCAUGAGCCACAGAAUUAUCCACUGAUCACAGGCUCCCAAGGGCCCCACGUGCUACAGAAAUGGCUCCUUUAAUAAACACUUCAAUGACAUCUCCAACAUUGACUUCAAUGAGAUCCAAUCAGCAUAAACCAUAAUAACCCCAGCACAUAGACUCCUCUGAUACUCCCAUUCAUUCCCUGACACUCCCAGCAUUCCCUGAUACUCCCAGCACAUAGACUCCUCUGAUACUCCCAUUCAUUCCCUGACACUCCCAGCAUUCCCUGAUACUCCCAGCACAUAGACUCCUCUGAUACUCCCAUUCAUUCCCUGACACUCCCAGCAUUCCCUGA